AUGGAGCAGCAUGGUUUUAUGAAAAGUGAUAGAGCUAUUUCUAAGAUCAACUUGCGUCUAAUGUAUGGCAGAAGAUGGGUGGAGAGCUGUGAUCCCCAGACUCCAGAAGGUUGUACACGACCUAAACGAGGUGUUUGGUCUGCAGUUCAUCAUUUGCAUGGUGUUGAGAAACAAGAUUCUCCUUGUUCAUCCAGAGGUUGGCAAUGUUCAUCAGGAAAUUCACCUUUCAACUCUCCAAUUCCACUAAGAUGCAGGACUACUCGCCUAACUCAGGUUUUAGAUAGAAACAGAAUUCUAGACCGCUACGUUGAUGGAGAGCUUCAGGAUAUUAAAUCCCAGAAAGAUUCUCAGAAACAUGUUUUUGAUACUAAAAAUGAUUGUUGUAUAUCCGAGAAUAGAGUAUUUCCCAGCUCAGGAAGGCCACCGCAGGCUCAGCCUACGGCACCAUCUUCACCAUCAUAUAGCAAGGAUUGCCUUAGAACUUACUCGUUUCAGGAGGUAAAAGAUGCCUGUCGACACCUUUCUGCACAAGAUUGGACGAGAGAUGAUCUCAGGCCAGCAUCUCCACAGAGGCACAUGACAAAGACUCAAGAGAAUCCAUUGCAUUCAUUCCAUGAGAAAUCUAUGAUAAAGUCCCAAGAUUAUGACUCUGAAACUAUUACAACAAUAGAAGAUAUUUAUGAGGAUUCAUCAGAACCACUGCCCUCUUUGACUUUGAAUGACAUUGGCCAACAUUGUUCUACUGAUUGCACUCCACCUUUUGAGAAUUUUAACAACUGUUGUAAUAAGGAGUUGUUGGGUUUUCAAAGACAAAAUUCUUUUCCCAAAAAUGGUUCCAUGGACACUAAAAAUGAUAAAGGCACUAGUUCUGUGUUAUUGGAAUGGGAUAUAGAUGAAGAGUUAAUUAAAAAGACAGAGGAAGUAGAACAAAUGAUCGUGCUUCUAUCUCAGAAAGAUUUUGAGCUGGAAGAACUUCAGAACUGCAGUUUGAACGUGCCGGCAUUGCUUCAGACAUUUAGGAAUAUUACUGAAGACAGGAAAAAAUUGGCAGUUGAGCUCUUAUCACAAAUAAAGUUCCGACUUGCAGAGAGAUCAUCUACAAAAGAGGGAUUGAAACAGGCUAAGUUAGAACUAGACAUUCGAACUAGGAGGUUGGAAAAGGAGAAGAAUGAACUGCAAUCAAGUUUAGAGAAAGAAUUGGACCGGAGGUCCAGCAACUGGUCCAUCAAGCUUGAAAAGUUUCAAUCGGAAGAGCAGAGGCUUCGGGAACGGGUAAGGGAACUGGCAGAGCAAAAUGUGUCUCUCCAGAGGGAAAUAUCUUCGCUUAAAGGUUCUGAAGUGGAUAAUAGAAAUAGGAUUAUGAAUUCUGAAAUGCAAGUAAAUGAUCUGACAGCUAGUCUGGAGCAAGUGAAGACAGAGAACCACGAACUCCAUCAAGCCUUAUCAAAAUUGCAGGAACAAUUAAAUGGUGCAGAAGAGGAUCGGGAAUUUAUCAGAAGAAGCUACAAGGAGAAAGAGAGGGAGAACAAGGAACUGCAGAAAGUGGUUGUACGGUUGCAAAGGGUCUGCAGUGAACAAGAUAAGACAAUUAAUGGUUUGAGACAGGGCUAUAAUGAUGAGAUUGGAAAUCAAUCAGUUGAGAGAGGUGGUCAUGUAAGUAGGUUGCAGAUGGAGCAAUUAAGAUUGACGGGUGUGGAACAGAACCUGAGGAAGGAGGUAGAGUCUCUCAGGCACGAAGUGGAAUCCCUUAGGCAUGAGAACAUAGGCCUCUUGAGUCGCCUGCAAGCUACUGGAAAUGGCUAUGGGUUCUCAGCAAUUAAGCUUGAGCAGGAGCUUUGUGCCCAGGUAGAUUUCUUGAAGAAUAAGGGCUUUUCCUUGCUCCAUGAUUUUGAUCACUUUAGUGGUGAGCUAUUGGGCUUUAUGAAUUGCAAGAAGUGUGAACAUGGCCAAGAGGCUAAUGAUGAUCGAUAUUCAUUUGCUGAGUACACUGUGAAAUAUCAGAGUUUAAGGAGGGGACAUGAAAACUUUAGAAGAAGUUUGCAAACAAUAGCAGCAAUAUUAGUCGAGAAGCCCAGUUCACAAGCAUCGGAUUGUCGGCCAGGGACUACAGAAUGUGAUGGGUCAAAACAUUCAAAGGAUGAAUUAGAACUUGAAUUGAAGGCAGAGACUAUGCUAACGAGAGUACUGCGAGAGAAACUAUGCUGUAAAGAACUGGAACUUGAUCAACUACAGGCAGAGUUGGCUUCUUCAAUAAGGGUUCAUGAUGUCUUGCAAACUGAGAUUCAGAGACUGCAGGAUCAACUAUCCUGUCUCACCCACAAGAUGAAGGAUGUGGAGCUUCAGAUGCUGAAGAAAAAUGAAAGCAUCAACCAUCUCCAGCAUGAUCUUCAAGAGUGCACAAAGGAACUGACUGCAACACGCAAUAUACUUGUGAAAAUUUCUGAGGAGAGGGACCAUAUGUGGGAGGAAGUGAAGCGUUCAAGAGAGGACGUUAUGCUUCUGAAUCAUGAGGUUCUUUCUCUCAAAAAGAAAAUUGAAGAACUUGACGAAGAUGUUCUCACCAAAGAGGGGCAGAUUGCUAUCUUGAAAGACAGCCUUGGUGACAAGCCAUUUGACAUCAUCUGUAGUCCUAGAUCAGUGAAAGAUUUUUCACUGGAAUGAGUAAACAUGAGAUGAAGACUGAUGAAUGUUCCAUUUGUUGGGAUUGUUGUUCGAGGCUUCUUGCUGCUUAAAUCAAAUAUCCGAAGAAAUCUUUUGGAGUUUGACUGUGUCAUGCUGGAUGAGCAAACAUUGUUGCUAGAAAAGAAAUAGUACUUUUUUUUUUAUAUAUGUAUAUUUUAAAUAUGCUUUUCCAUUUUUUUCAUUUAUCGAACUCAUAUAGAGUAAGUUUAUUGGCGAAUAGAAUUUUUUUUUUUCCCUUUAGUUUCUUUUAUAGGUCUCCAAAGGUUUAAGGGGGAAAGAUUGUUGAUAGGAAAGUGGGUGUUUUUUUGAUAUUUUCUGUACAUAAAUGAGUUUGCAGUCAAACUUUAUUCAAUAAAACUUCUCACUGAAUUCUUGAGUUUUCAACAUACAUAUCUUGGGAGAUUAUGCUAGGCCU